UUUUCAAAUAUCUCUCUGCGUAUUCCUUUUUCUUGGAUCGCUUGGCUGGUCUCCCUUUCCACUUGUCUGCUCCUCAUCCCUCAUUGAUUUGAUUGAUCAGUACGUUGUUUCCACCUGAGAGCGAAGCCACAAUAUGCAGCACUAUGGUGGUUAGAUGACCCAAUGCCAUGGCCACAUUGUGGUUGUGUCUGGAAAAAAUAGUGUUUUCAAAAUGGCUGCUGUGUGAAGGGGAACUAUAGGCUUCUCAGAGCUGUGAUGGUGGUGACGUGGGUGUAUUCAUUAGUCGGAGACCGUUGCGAAACAUUUUGUCUGUUGCGAAAAUUUCACCAACGGAAACUGUUUACUCCAAACGGAAAAUGUUUUGCCAUGUUUUUUUUGGGUCAUUUUAUUUGUUUCUUUUUUGAGGUAAACGAAAACGAGAGUUUCUAAUGGAAGAAUUCUUGUAUGUCCCUCCCUGUUUCGUUCCGUUUGCUUCCAUUUGGUUCCUAGAGUAAACGGUAAACAGUUUCCAUUGCAAAACGUUUUGCAACAGGCCAAACUUUUUGAAACGGUCUGCGACUACUGAAUACACCUGAGGUGGUAACAAGUCUGCUCAGUGUAUCAUACUAAACCCACGGACCAUGGUCAGUGUCUGGAGCAGCCCUGAAUGCCUUGAAGGACAGGGGAAUGGAGCAUGGGACUGGUUAGCAUGUUCCAGUCCUCCCACGUCUUCAAAUGUGUUCGUUUUGUCAUUAUGGCCACAUUGGUUAUAGUUGGGCAUUGUUGCAUAGUGAAACUUGAAAUGGGGAUUCUCCAGAAUGUUGAGAAAAAACAUGGUCCACAUCUAAUGCUUUCUGAUACUCUCACCUUUAGCUACUCACCUUCAUUUCUCAACUGUUCUACCAUUACUAAAGGAAAGCAUCAUAAUGCCAAUCUAGACAUGAUGUUGCUCCCAGAAGCAUUAACUAUGUAAUAAUGCUUAAUCUCUGUUCUGGACCAUUGAAACGUAUAUUGGUAUGUGUCUGAUGCAGUGCUAUACCUGAGGGUAUGUGGUAGGCCAUGCAGUCACUGUGUUUCUCUACAAGGCAGUAAUGUUCUCCCAUGGCACUGAACCUACUGGGAUUACAUCACAACCGUCCUGAUAUGAGGUCUAAGCCCAGUAGAGACACACAACAGGCCUCACCCUGCCGUAUCAACUUUCCUAAUGACUCUGUCGCAAUGCUUUCAUAGCAACUGUACAGGACCUACGCAGGCAGUUGAGGUAUUAACAAGGAAAUCAAUGUCUGCCAGACACCGAGUGUAGUGGCUCAUAGUAUCGACAGUGACUAAAGUGGCUGGUUUAAGAGACUGCUUUUCUCCUAGAGAUUUGUGAGGUGAAAUUUCUGCCUCCUCAUACUCUCUGGUCUAUGAAAACAUUCUAGUUUAUCUCCCCUGCAUAUGAGGGGGAGGGGGGGGGCAUGUUUACACUGAGAUAGAUUCUCACACAAAGGACACCACUGUAGAUCUCCUAACACAUAUUUUUUACAGCAGUGCGUCUUAUGCAGGACAGGGUGAAUAGUCAGAGAUCCUGGCUUGGCUGUGUUUCUAAACCAGCCAGCACCUCUCUGCUGAGCUGUUCCCACAUCUGGUUGUAAUCAACAGAACCUUCACCCUCCCAGCAUCAACAGACCAUUGGCAGGGAAAGUGUCAAAGAAAGGUGUGUUUCAGAUAGAGACGAAAGUCUUCACACACACAUUCAUGCACACUCCCUUGACAGUGCCACUUACAAUAGCUAUACACAUGCAUACACCUUCCUGGCCACUCCUCUCUAAAGCGGUUUUGUAGCAACCUACGGACAGUGGGGUGAGAGACUGGCCUCAUUGUUUGUGUGGGGAUAGACAGUAAACCACCCUUGAAACGAAUGGGGCCCCACCCUGGUUAACUGUGCCGGUCUCCGACAUCUCUCCCUGUUUACCCAGCAGGUUAAUGAUUAACCGCCACCUCAGGGACUGUCUAUAUCCCCAUCACCACCUGGCAGCUACACUGUCCUAGGACUUGUCACCUGGAGAAGAUGGGAGAUGGUCGUAUCAAUAGCUUCUGCAUUUGCUUUAGUCUUCUUUUUCCUUUUUAGGAAAAGCUCUUGGAAAAACUUUGAAUUCAGAUACUACUCUAUUAUCUGACUGUUUUUCUUGGAUGCAGUUUUCGAAGAGAGUGGGCUUGCAUGGCUCGCAAACGUCUGAUGAAACCUUAUUCACGGGAUGCAGAGGCAUUUUCAACAGCACGAAAGCUGUUCACGUCUGAGAGGGAUCUGUGAAUGAUCUGCACUGUUUUCAAUAGUGUGCUGAGGAUUAUUUUGCUUCCCUUCACAUUCAGUUUCCUGGACCUUAUUUCUCCUCACUGAUUUGGCUAGAUGUUGAGGGGGGUUGUGGAAAUUGAGUAAGCAGGAAAGGUGUGGAAUUUGUGGUGGAAUUCCAGGGCACAUUUCCAACCACAAGUGAGCCUAAUGGAGUGCCAAAUGUAGCCACAGUUUUUGUUUUGUUGCUGUUGUCGUUGUGUCCACCUCCCACCACUGUGCUGAUAGGUUGUUUUACCCAGCUCAGAGUCAGACGAGAACCAAUCGCUGUGCCUGUCUAUCUAGUCUGAUCGUAGUAACUGACAGGGAUCUGGUUUCAGGAGUGCAUUACUUGACCUUAAGGGACAGGAGAGUUGUGGGGGGUAGAGAGUAGGGAAAUAGGUCACAGGGAUCCAGGGGGGGUUAGUAAUAGUAACACCGCUAAAUGUGUUAAGCCUCUCAUGCAAUUGCUUUCUAAUACCUGAAUGGUCAACAACAGGGGAAGUGGACAUACUCCCAGAGGUGCAAUACUCCAACUGCAUUAGACUGAGCCGUCAUGAGACUCCGUGCCGCAUCACUCAAGAUUAAUGGACUUGUUUUUCUUCACGGAGCGUAGAAGUAAAUGAAGGUUGUGUGCACAUCUGUCCUCUAACUCAAUCACCUUGUCAGCCAGCGAGACGGGACUGCACUGCUUUCCAGUUAGGAAACACUCUCUCUUUCUCUGUGUUUUUCUCUUUACCAAGGAUAUUUUUCUUGCUUUCGCUGCUGGUGUGUCUGAGCUGUGCUCACCAAAGCACUCUGAGGCGUCUGGAUCUGGACAGGGUAACACUGCAUGCCUGCCAGAGCUGCCAUUAUAAUAAAAGACUUGUGGCCAGGGUUACUAGAGGCCAACGGCCGUAGCUCCUCUCUGUGUUUGAUAGAGGAAGAGGGAGAGAGGACUGGAAUCAUGUGGCAGCAGUCAGCUGGGUCCAGCUCUCACACUGAAAGGGAGUAGCACCCAUACCGGGUCAGUCACAGCAGUCUCCAGGAAACAACCACUGGACACACAACAGCUCUGUCUGUUUGUCUGCAGCAGACCUGGACCACUGGAUCACCCGCAUUGAAAUCCACCGCUUUGAGGACCCCACGAGGGCACCACUGGUUUAGGUGUCCGCCCGUGUGCCUGAGGGAAGUGAGUGGAAUAUGGAGGCUCACAGAGGACUGGAGUCAGACUGGCAGGUGGAGCUGGAGCUGGAUAAAGACCUGGCUGGGUGGAUCCCACAGGAUCCAGCCCGGGGAGAGUUUGGCUGGGAGUGGGGCUGGGCCGCCUUGGACCACCAAGACCAGGACUGGGAGUCAGAGGAGGUCCCUGCAGUGUUGAGCCCCACAUACAAACAGCGUAAUGAGGACUUCAGGAAGCUCUUCAAGCAGCUACCGGACACAGAGCGGCUCAUCGUGGAUUACUCCUGUGCCCUACAACGAGACAUUCUCCUGCAGGGCCGACUCUACCUCUCAGAAAACUGGAUCUGUUUUUAUAGCAACAUCUUCCGCUGGGAAACGCUGCUGACAGUGAGGCUGAAGGACAUCUGCACCAUGACGAAGGAGAAGACAGCCCGCCUCAUCCCCAAUGCCAUCCAGGUGUCCACAGAUGGUGAGAAGCACUUUUUCACCUCAUUUGGAGCGCGGGACAGGACCUACAUGAUGAUGUUCAGAUUAUGGCAGAAUGCACUGCUGGACAAACCCUUGUGCCCCAAAGAGCUAUGGCACUUUGUCCAUCAGUGCUAUGGCAACGAACUUGGCCUGACCAGUGACGACGAGGACUACGUUCCCCCUGAUGACGACUUCAACACCAUGGGGUUCUGUGAGGAGAUCCCUAACGAGGAGAAUGAGAUCAGUAAUGACAACUCGUCUAAGAGCAGCGCGGAGGCCAAACACGAGGGCAGCCCACCAUCCAUACACAAGAAAUGCAUCAUCACCAACAGCACCAUCAGCUCAUCCAUCAGCAGCGAGCCCCUCUCUGUGAGUCUCAGCGACAUAAUAGAGUUUGACCUCCCUCCAGAGGAGUACAUCGACUGCCUCCCUGACGGGGAGCUGCUGGCCUUGCCCCUGGUGCUGGAGCAGAGGCUAGUGGAGGCCAGCGGCCUGGUGCCCUCGACCUCCCUGGACUUCAACGACAAUGAAGACAUCCCCACCGAACUUAGCGACUCCUCAGAGACCCACGACGAGGCAGGGGAGGUGCAGGCCUUCCAUGAUGACCUUAAAGGGAGACAGUACAUCGAUGAGGUUUACAAGUUCAGUGUGGACAAGAUGUAUGACAUCCUCUUCACAGAAUCCCAGUUCAUGACCGACUUCAUGGAGCAGCGCAGGUUUUCAGAUAUAGUGUUUCACCCCUGGAAGAAGGACGAUGCAGCGGGGAACCAGAUGAGAGAGAUCAUGUACACCAUCUCCCUGUCCAACCCGCUGGCCCCCAAGACAGCCACGGUCACAGAGACGCAGACACUGUACAAGGCCAGCCAUGAGAGUGAGUGCUACAUCAUCGAUGCUGAGGUCAUCACACACAACGUGCCCUACCACGACUACUUCUACACGCUCAACCGUUACAUGCUGACACGGGUGGCCAAGAACAAGUGCCGGUUAAGGGUGUCCACUGAGCUGCGUUACAGAAAACAGCCAUGGGGAUUAGUGAAGGGCUUCAUCGAGAAGAACUUCUGGAGCGGGCUGGACGAGAACUUCCGCCAUCUUGAGUUGGAGCUGUCGAAGGUGGAGGAUGUGGUUUUGGGGUCGACCCGGCCUUCUCCCAAGGUCAAGGUGGUGAAGACGUCUGUGAGGCGGAGGAAGAGACCCCUGGUCCACCUACGGAGCCAGCACCUGGACGAUGCCCUCCUCAGCCCCGUCACCACGCCAACCGACGAUGAGGUCAUUCACCGCAUCAAGCAUGCGGGCGUGACAGGUUCCACUCAGACCAGGCACAUGCCUGAGCACCUUCCUGGAGGCUUCGCCCUCUACAGCGUGUCCAAACUGCUGCUCAUCAUCAGCUUUGUGAUCUGUCUAAGCCUGGUUUUGCUGGUGUUCCUCAACAUGAUGCUGUUCUAUAAGCUGUGGAUGCUGGAGUAUUCUGCACAGCAUCUUACCACCUGGCAAGGGCUGCGGAUACAUGAAAGUAAACUUCCCCAGACGCAGAUGGAGUGGGCCCAGCUCCUGGAGUCCCAACAGCUUUACCAUGACGCUGAGCUGCAGAAGUGGAGAGAGAUCAUCAAAUCCUCAGUGGUACUAUUAGACCAGAUGAAAGACUCUCUACUGAACCUUCAAAGGGGUAUUGGCUUAAGGGACUACAGCUCAGAAGCUGAGGAGAAAAGAAGCUGUUACCACUGACAUACGACCUUAGGCCAUGAGGACAUGGUGUGCAAUAUAGGAACUGUUUGUGUGUAAGUAUGCAAACAAAACAAAGAGAGACAAGAGACCAACCGACCGCCAGGCAAGCUGGCCCCAGUGUGACAGGGACCGCCUACCGGCUGCCGUCCCCCAGCUCACAGAGGUCAUGAUCCCGCAGGUCAGGAAGUGCCCCUAUCACAGACAGGAAUUGAACAGUGGGGUUCCCACAGCACUGAGGCAUCGUGGGAAGGCAACAGCUCCGCUUACCUUGACGCCACUUCUGUCUCUUAUUUUUCUUUGUCUUUUAAUGUUGGAAGGACAUCGUACUGUAUGCCAUUACCACAUGGGGAAUGGAGGACAACAAAAAGCUUAGCAUGUGAUUUUACUCCUCACCUUAACUUCUCUCAAUGUCUGUGGUUCCAUUCCUGCUCUGUGAGUGUCUAAAGACAAACAAAAGAGGAGAGACGAGGAAAGGGGACCUACAGUCUCUAGACUUUCUACACUCCCUUGACUGUUCCAAACCGAUCCUCCCCUACAGGUCCGCGCUGCAGUGUCCCUUUUAUGAACUCCUCUGAUCGUGGCCACAGAUCAUGCUCUAGAGUAGCAGGAUCACCAGCAAAUAUAUAUUAUAGAGUAUAUGUAUGUGCAAGCACAUUUCCACUGAAAUGUCUCAACUGCCUUGUUUUUUCCCCCGGGCUCAACAGUGCAUAAGGGCUGGUUUCCCUAAUCACCUAGAGCUAGGCUGUUGGGAUGGAAUUUGCAUAAUGAUUGACUUAGGUGGAGGAGGUUCCUUCUCACAGGUACUCAAUAAAGAGAAACGUUAAGAGAUUGCAGGAUGUUGUUGGGGAUAGAGAGGAUAUGUAAUGUGGCAUGUCAAAACAUCCAUGCUUGGUGGCAAAUGGAUCUCCUGUUAACAACAGGAAUUUAUGGAAUUUAGAGUCUUCUUGAAGGUUUAUGAAUGACCUUUACGUUGUAUUGCCACUAUUGUACUAGUUGGGUAAUGCAGUUCAUUGUCUAUCAGACUUAUCAAACUUAUCAGUUGUGGAACAGUAUUUUGAUCCAUUUUUAAGAAUGAUAGCUUGCCUGUCACUUCUACUUUCAAAGUACUGCAACAAUACAGAGCUUUUAUUUAUCUGUUACUGGUGAUUUGUUUCAUGCACAGUGAUAAUUAGUUCCAUUAUUUGUUGCACAUUUAACAAAAUUAGUUUAUCGAUCCGUAAGACCCGAGAAUGUAGUACAACUUGACCAGUAGUCUUUUCUAUAGGAAAAGACAGCAUGCAGACUAAGAAGUCAUUGAUACUUGAAAAAGGGAUACUGCAGCAAGACAAUGAGGGAGACCUGUGUUCUUACAUAAGUGUUUUAUUACUAAACUGUGACUAUAUCUUAAAAAUGUUUGAAGAUGAAAAUAAUGAUAUAAAUAUAUUUGAAAUGUAUAUGUAUAUUUCAAUAUUGAAUAUUUCAAGAUAUAUACACAUAGCAUAUAUGAAUUGUUUAUUUAUGUAUAUAGGAAAGUUAUCAGACCUCUAGGUGGGUACAAGAAUUUAUAAAGAAAACUGUUUUCUUCAGAAAAGCAUGCCAGAUAUGUCUGUGACAUGUCUAGUAUGCAUGUGUGCUUGAGUGUACUGUAUGUUUCUGUGUGUGUGCACAUGUGUUAAUUUAUACAGUGUGACAUUUCUAUCAUUCCACACAUGGAUGUGUCUCAACAUUUCAUUUCUGGCACAUGUAGCCAAACUGCCUUUUAUAAUGCCCAUGCGUUUGGAUGCAGCCUUGCAUUAGCCUCUCUGGCUAACAGUUUACAAUCAGCCCAUAUGGACAUCUGUGUCCAUGCCAAGUGGCUUGACUCAACCACACACACCCUCUUUGCUUAUCCAUAUCAACAACCUGCAUCCCUGCUUAUUCCAGAUCCUAUACACACCCCCACUCUCCAUGUCCAGUGUUUGUGUUGGAAUCUGUACACAAUUCAAUUGAACCAUAACAGAGGGUAGUAAAGCCUUCAGAAGAUGUCAUUCAUUUUCAAUUAGCUAUUUAUCAUGUAUUUAUUGAAAGACAAGUAAAUCCCUGCUGGAUUAACCUCAGGUAGGCAAUGUCUGAAGUGUAUCCCCUAGCUGUGGUAUGAGCUCAGUGAUAAAAUCACUUCCAAAAAGAGAAACAGUACUGCACUUUAAAGACCUUCCAAAUAAUGAAUGAAAGAAAUUCAGUGGAAUUGCAGCCCUUUUUGCAUUCUAAAAAGUAUUAUGUGUAUCCAAUAUAAUAGAAUGCUUACUCUGUAUCUUUGAUUGAAAUUUCAUUUCAACACAUUUCUGUUCACUUCAUGAUGUAAUUCCAUGAUUUUGUGAGUGACUAUAUUUCAGGGUUAGACAGGACAGGAGCGGGUUGUGUGUGAACUGUGGAGGAGUGGAUAUCUAUCGCUUUAAUGCAGGGGCGUCAAACGGAUUUUGCCCAGGGGGCCGCAUUCGGUCCUCAACGAACGAGGUCCGGAGUGACGUUUUGAAAAUGUGUUAUACAGUAUUUACUCGCAAUCAAAUUGUGCAACAAAAAAAAUCCUCUAUUCUGACUGUCAAGCUUUAAUUUCAGUGAUUGAUAACAAGCUGGACACAGUCAAGAAACUGUAUGAAUGUAAGUCCAUUAUAUGAUUUCUACACAGUUUCGAUUUGGUUUUAGUAGUUUUAAAGUAUGUUGAGUAUGUUUGACUCCCCGGCUUUAAUGUGUGCUGGCUUUGCAUUGGUGAGUUACUGAAUGAGUGAUCUCUCAUGAAAGACUGUAGGCUAGAUUCUAGUUUUGGGUUUCAGAGGUUACUGAAUGAGCAUGUUUUAGUCUUGGCUCUCCUGCAGCGUGUCAUAUGAUGACUUUUAAUAUCACAAGGUGUAUUAUUGGUCAUUUAUGGAAAUCUUAAGAUCUGAAUGACAGUGAUUGGAAAAUAUUUCUGUUUUAUAGAAAUCCCUUUCACAAUCAAGCUGUAUUAUACUGAAAGAUAUGCUGAGGUUAUGUUUCAAAUAUGUGAUUAUAUUUCAUAUGUGAAUAUGUGAUUGAAAUGCUUUGUUUAUUUUUAAAGUGUAUGGACUUUUUGAGUUAUAAAAUUGCUUGGAUUUCUAUAUUUAUUUCAGUAAUUGAAAUGGACCGUUUCAAAUAAUCUGAAAGAAGCACGGUAACAUAUCCAUGGGUUUCUCAUGUUAGCAACUAGAAUGUCUGCAUAAGAUGGGUGUAUUAAUUGUCAUUCAUUCCAAAUGUUAACUUAAAGUAAUCUAAUUCUGAAAUUCAUGACAAUACCACAAAACAUUACAACUAGUUUAUAAGUAUGGAAUAAGCUGUUAUGCAGAAUUAUAGCAUGUUAUGUGUCAUAUGAGUAAACAUCUUAUGCUCGUGCUUAUGAACUAGUUAUAAGGGUAUGGUUGAUGUUUGUUUAUGCAACAAGCUAUUAUACCAUAGUGUAACAAUAUUCAUAGAAAACACAGGAUAUUCAAUCAUAUUAUUCAGCAUUACAAGCAAUCACCUAAAAAAUAUAGCUCAUGACCUCUCAUAGAUCUGAUUUUGUUUUGCUUGUGUGCUCUCACAUAUUUUGGCAUUAGCAAGUAUGAUUGUAUGAUUGCUAUUCUGGCCCUAAAGCUCUGUAACCAAGGCUCCAGAUGUCUUGACAGCACCAUUAUGUUGUCAUCAGCACUGCAUACAUUGUGUGCUUCACUGACUACAUUAAUUGAAAUAUGCCUUGCUGAAUCUCUGGCUAACUUAUAGGAGUCCCAACCUCCUUGAAAAUUACUACUGAACAAAUGACUACUGAACACACUUCUAACAAGUGUGUCUUGGCAUUAUCUUACUGGUGUAGCUCAGUUCAAAAACCUAAUGUUUGUUUUUUAGACCUGUUUUUAUCUGUAAAAUGAUUCUUAAUUAGAUUUAUAUAUGGUAUACUGUAAGUAUAUGUUGUGUAUAUCUGCAGUCUACACACACUGACAAGAGAAUCAAACCUGCGCUGUGCGUGGAUUUUGACUUGCCAAUGACUUUGCCUAAUAGAGACUAAGAUAAAGUGGCUUUCUGUUAGAUGUGAAGUAGAGAUUGGAGGUAUGAAUAAAGAUUGAGCAAAAACAUUCAA